AUGAUUAACGCUUUUGCUAUCCAGACAAACACUUCUAGGCUUGAGCAGCGCUGUUCCAAAGGUUUGGUGGUGUCGUGCAAAGUAGCGUCGAAUUCGGCCAACUUGGAGGCUAAGUACUCAUUAUCGGAGACCCAUUUGUUCACCACCAGAGAAAUACAUUGGAGAACUGAAAGCUUGGAAUAUUUCACCGUUGAUGCAGCUGCUUGGAACAGGGUUUCCAAAAACUUUGCCGGCAAUGCUAAAGGAACAGACUUGUCAAUUGCAGAAAUGAUCUUUGUAAAUAUGAUGAAAGGCAGUUGGUUGCCGGUGAUAAUGUCCAAUUUCUUGGUGAGAGGUUUGGCAAUAAGUUCUGUAUCUUUCCCGUUAAUGAACGACUCGAUCGAGUUUUCGAGGAUCGACGAGUGA